CGUUAAAGGUCUGGGUUUUCUAGGAGAAAUACGAACCGUCGAUUGAACUGAAUGUUCGAGACAGAACAUAUCUGGAAUCUUCUCUUGGAAAACCAAAUACCCAUUUGAACUCUCUCCCAUUCCGUUCUUGCCAAAGAGAGAAGCUAUGCCUUGCUUUGUGCCAUUCAGCAACAGGAAUCUGGACAUUAGUUUCUUUGUAUUCAGGCCAGUUGGAUUAUUUUCAGAUGAACUGAUAGAGGCUCUCAAGUACUUCUCUUUCUGCUGUGAGGAUCAUGGCUGCACUUACAGCUCUGUCUUCAAAAGCAUCCAUGGAAAUCUGGUGAUAUGGUACGGGGCAUGGCUGAAGAGGUCCAAUGAGAAAAAGAAACAACUCACUGCCACUCUGAUAUCCGCAUUAGCCAACAUAUCGAAUUUGGCAGUCUUAAUGGACUACGGCUUCUUCGAAUCAUAUGCCGGAGAAUCAAAAGACGGGCAUCCCGCAGCCAAGUUCUCCUCUGGCGACACCAUCUCCAUGUGUUCCAUGCUUCCUUGCUCUGAUGACCUUAGCGACCUCUCAUACGCUUGUUUGGCUGUACUAAAAUCGUGUUUUCUAAAGAUGGAGGGAGUGUCUGCUGGUGUCUGCUUCCGAUGCCACGAUAGGCCGAGGGUGGCAUGCUUGCAUGUGUGGAAGUCCCUCCAUUCAUGUUACGCUUGGUUUCUCUCGUCGAAUUAUAGAAAAACCCUUUCACCUUUCCUCGAUCAUCUAUACGUGGACAUCAAGUAUGAUGUUUUUCGAGUUGUUUAUGUCAGUAGCGACGAUACACUCAAUCUUAGGGUUUUUCCUCCUUCGCCAACACUAGCGAAUGGAGAAGCUGUGAAGAGAGGGGGUGAAAGUGGCGUUUAGAAAGUUGAAAAAACUUUCAAGAAAAUUUUGUAAUAGCGGGAGUCUUGUGUUUGAAUUCCUUUCGAAAUAUUUGUGAAUACUCUUAUGAUUUUUUUAUUUUUUAUUUUAAAAUAGA